CCCCACCCGCAUCGCACCGCCCACCGGCUUCGAAUCGCGGAGGAAGGGAGCAGCGUGCGCCAGAAGCAUCCAGGCGAACCGGAAAAUGGCGGUCCUCUCGCGGCCGGCGGCGGCCUUCCUCUUCCUCGCCCUCCUCGUGCUCCUCUCGCGGCCGGCGGCGGCGCGGCGGGCUGCGCGAAUCGCGCCGCUCCCCACCGCCGCGCUACGCCGGCUCUACGACACCUCCAACUACGGCAGGCUGCAGCUCAACAACGGCCUCGCGCUCGUGCCUCAGAUGGGAUGGAACAGCUGGAAUUUCUUCGCCUGCGACAUCAACGAGACGGUCAUCCGCGAGACAGCUGAUGCAUUGGUCUCGACGGGCCUGGCUGAUUUGGGAUACAACUAUGUGAACAUCGAUGACUGUUGGUCCUAUGUGAAACGAGGAGAUAAGGAUCAAUUGCUACCUGAUCCAAAGACUUUCCCUUCUGGAAUCAAAUCGAUUGCGGACUAUGUACAUGGAAAAGGUCUAAAACUUGGUAUCUACUCUGACGCUGGGGCAUUUACUUGUCAAGUUAGACCAGGAUCGCUCUAUCAUGAAAACGAUGAUGCUGCCCUUUUUGCUUCAUGGGGUGUUGACUAUCUAAAGUAUGACAACUGUUACAAUCUGGGAAUUAAGCCAAAGGAAAGGUAUCCUCCAAUGCGUGAUGCUCUAAAUUCAACUGGCCGCAAAAUAUUCUACUCUCUAUGUGAAUGGGGCCAGGAUGAUCCAGCUUUAUGGGCUGGAAAAGUUGGAAACAGUUGGCGUACAACAGAUGAUAUAGAGGAUACAUGGAAAAGCAUGACCGACAUUGCUGAUAAGAAUAACAAGUGGGCAUCAUAUGCUGGACCAGGUGGAUGGAAUGACCCAGACAUGCUGGAAGUUGGAAAUGGUGGCAUGACCUUUGCAGAGUACCGUGCACAUUUCAGCAUCUGGGCACUUAUGAAGGCACCUCUCUUAAUUGGUUGCGAUGUCAGAAAUAUGACUUCAGAAACAAAGGAAAUAUUGAGCAACAAAGAAGUAAUUCAAGUAAAUCAAGAUUCUCUUGGAGUUCAAGGAAGAAGAAUUUUGAGUCAAGGAGAAGGUGGAUGCGGCGAGGUCUGGGCUGGACCUCUCUCUGGCAAACGUUUGGCUGUUACUUUAUGGAAUCGUUGUUCGGAGACGGUUAACAUCACGAUGACAUUGGCUGAUGUAGGCCUUGAUGGUUCGUCUGCUUAUUCUGUUAGAGACCUCUGGAAGCAUGAGACACUGUCAGCAAACGCUGUAGGAACUUUCGGAGCCCAAGUCGAUGUGCACGACAUCAAGAUGUACAUUUUUACUCCCGACAUAAGCUUCUCUGCAAUUUGAUAAGAGAAAAGUGUACCAGCAUGUUUUGGGAAUAAACUGUUUGUUCAUCCAGCACUCAUGGACACACGGUGUAUAUAUCAGCUUCUUGUAAAAAUAAACUUGUUCAACUAUAUAUCAAAGGGAAACACAAAACAUUAGUUGUUUUCUUCUCA